GGAUGUUGCAAGUCAGAGUAAUGCUGGGGCUAGAAUGUGUCCAGACAAGUUUUCAGAUAACACCUGAGUACAUCACUAUGGUAUAAAAGUGCAGCCAGGCAGUUUUUAGAGUGCAGGAAAGAGAUAGAAGAAACAGUUUGAGAAGCAGAGAGGGGGUAUAGAAAUAAAAGAGGAAGAGAGCCAGAGGCAGAGGGCAGUAACUGGACUACAGAGAAAGUGUGAGAGCUCCAAGACUUGCAUUAGUUGCAAUGGCGUGGAAAGUCUAUAUGUUCUGCGCCUCCCUGCUAUUUGUUUCCUUACAGUUUCAGAGCUGUGCAGCCCACCCAGUCAUGGACCUGGACAAAGACAGAGACCUGGACACCUUCAAGGGGAUACUGGAGAGGCUGGAAGAGAAGCUGGCUCUUAUUGAAGCUUUGGAUGCAGAAGCCACAGAGUCUAGAUCGCAGGAUGUUGAUGCUGCUCGUCUGUCUGUAAUAGACCAAGAUGACAUUGUCUCCCAGUCGUUGCCAGAGCCACAGCUCCCACUGAAGGACUCAUUCCUCAAAGGGUUAAGGUCUCUGCGAAACCCUAAAAUGAUGAGAGCUUCCGGCUGCUUUGGUAGAAGAAUAGACAGAAUCGAUUCUCUGAGUGGAAUGGGCUGUAAUGGUUCCAGGAGAUAUUGACAUAGGAAGAAAUUUCAGAUUCUCUUCUGUUUCUUUAAGCCGUACAAGAAACUUUGCAUAGGCAUUUGUAUUCUAUUUAAGUCUUUGUUCUUAUUUAUUUAUUCAUGACUAUUUAUUUGAUAUUUUAUAACAGCAUUGGGUAGCCUGUCAUAAUUCAUAUUAAAAAUGACAGCUGACACUUUA